UGAUGAAAACUUAGGAAUGCAGAUUCCUGAGAGGAUGGAGGAGUGUUUGAGGCUCACUUAACUGUUAAACUUUGAAGAGGCAAGGUUUUGUUUUUGCUUCUUCUUCUUUUUUUUAAUUUUUCAGACCCGAUUCCCUUGAGGGUGAUUGUUAAGUUAUGGAACAGCGCAAUGCACAUAGCUCAGGUCUUCUAGUUCCAUAAAAGCAUUCCCACUAGUUAGAAAAGAACCAAAGAAAUUAAGUUCCUCCAGCAAGGAGUUUAUGUAACCAUGUCAUCUUCUGCAGUGCAACAGAAAAUAGUGAAUUGUUCUGAAUACGGAAAUGGAUCUUGCCCAGAAGGUGAAAGGUCGCUGGCUGUCCGAGCCGCCAUGUAUUCAUUCAUGACCGGAGCCAUAUUCCUCACAGUGUUUGGCAAUCUGGCCAUGGUAAUUUCCAUUUCUUACUUCAGGCAGCUUCACACACCAACCAACUUCCUCGUCCUCUCCAUGGCGGUCACUGAUUUCCUCCUGGGAUUCACCAUCAUGCCGUACAGUAUGAUCAGAUCGGUGGAGAACUGCUGGUAUUUUGGGCUUAUGUUUUGCAAGAUCCAUUAUAGUUUUGACCUGAUGCUUAGCAUAACGUCAAUUUUCCAUCUCUGUUCAGUAGCCGUUGAUAGAUUUUAUGCUAUCUGUUACCCUUUGCGGUAUUCCACCACCAUGACGAUUCCAGUCAUUAAACAGUUGCUACUGCUCUGCUGGUCGGUCCCCGGCAUAUUUGCAUUCGGGGUGGUCUUCUUGGAGGCCUACGCUGAUGGUAUAGAAGGCUACGCUACCUUGGUUGCUUGCUCCAGUUCCUGCCCCGUCAUGUUCAACAAGCUCUGGGGGACCACCUUGUUUAUGGCAGGUUUCUUCACUCCUGGGUCUGUGAUGGUCGGGAUUUAUGGGAAAAUUUUUGCAGUAUCCAGAAAACAUGCUCGUGCCAUCAAUAACUUGCCAGAGAAUCAAAAUAAUCAAAUGAGGAAAGACAAGAAAGCAGCCAAAACUUUAGGAAUAGUGAUGGGUGUUUUUUUAUUAUGUUGGUUUCCCUGUUUUUUCACCAUUUUAUUGGAUCCCUUUUUGGACUUCUCUACUCCUGUCGUUUGGUUUGAUGCUUUGACAUGGCUUGGCUAUUUUAACUCCACAUGUAAUCCCUUAAUAUAUGGUUUCUUCUAUCCCUGGUUUCGCAGAGCCCUUAAGUCCAUUUUGCUAGGGAAAAUUUUCAGCUCACAUUUCCAUAAUACAAAUUUGUUCACUCAAAAAGAAACUGAGUAGACUUAUUCUGUUUGAAUGAAUAGAAGCAAAAGGACUGGAAAUUAGAAGAAGGACGUUGCUUAAAGUGUGUGUGUGUGCAUGUGUGCGCAGGUGUGAUUUUGACUACCAUGGAAAAUUUUUAGUUUCUAAGACCUGAAGGAAAAAGGAAACUUUCUUUUUUUAUUGAAAUAUAGUCAGUUUACAAUAUUGUGCCAAUUUC